GAGAUCUCUGCCCACCACCUGGAGGCUGUACCAGAAACUGCUGGUUUACCCAUGACAGCUGCAAAAGGCAGGACUAAACAGUAUUUCACUACUAACAAGAAGGCAUUGUAAAGUCAAGAGAGAACUCUCUCUCUCUCCUAGCAAUGAGAGACCUCAGUUGUGAAGGGCCUCCAUAGGUUUCCGUACUCCAUCGGCAUUGCCCCACCUUAAAUCCCAGUCCCCUGGCUGUGCUAUUGGCUGACAUACAUGGAAAACUGGGACUACCAAAGCUGUCCUUUCAUUGCCAAAGAGGGAAGGGCUUCCUACACUCUAUAUACUGUUGGCUGAGUUGGCUAGAAAAGGCAACCACUGAAGAAAAAGAGAGGAAGAUGGUGGAUCUGCAGGGAUGUUAUCGAGUUGUCCUGCUUACAUCUCAGCUGCUCAAGAGCAAGCCAGGCAAGGAUUUACCACUUCACCAGACAAGCAACGGUCUCCUCCGUGUCUGAAGUCUACCCGAGCCAUAUCUAUUACAUUUACCGGUUACGUUUGAUGACUCGGGCAAGUGCGGAGUCUGACUGCUCUUCUGAGAUCUUGGAUGAUUUGGAAUCACAAUUCAGGUCCCUUUAGAUGGAAUUUAAUGCGACAGAAACCCGGUCGCCAGAAGGAUUAAUGCCUGCGUUAUCGUCUUGGCAAUAAAAACAUACCUAUCUCUCCGGAGCCGAGUGGUGGCGGCCCACGGACAGCCUCAAACCUGGAUCCUUCCGCUCAGCAUUCAGUGUUGGAGUUUUUAAUCGCUCGCUGUGGGGAAACCAUUGCCAAUGCUUACACGGAACUGCUUAUCCCUGCUUCUCUGGGUCCUGUUCGAUGGAGGUCUCUUAACACCACUGCGUCCACAACUUCGGCAGACUUUAGAAGCAGAGUCGAGGGGAAAUGGUGUCACGGGUGCAGAGAGGAAGAUGUCCGCCGUGCGGGUCAAGCGAGGCUGGGUCUGGAAUCAGUUUUUUGUGCUGGAGGAAUACAUGGGCUCCGAACCCCAGUACGUGGGAAAGCUUCAUUCUGACUUGGACAAGGGAGUGGGCAGCGUCAAGUACACGUUAUCGGGAGAUGGAGCGGGUACAGUGUUUACCAUUGACGAGACGACAGGGGACAUUCACGCCAUAAGGAGCCUUGAUCGCGAAGAGAAGCCUUUCUACACCCUACGUGCUCAAGCAGUGGACAUAGAAACGAGGAAGCCACUGGAACCCGAAUCAGAGUUUAUCAUCAAAGUGCAGGACAUUAAUGACAAUGAGCCAAAAUUCCCUGAUGGGCCUUAUGUUGCCAGUGUCCCUGAAAUGUCUCCAGUAGGGGCAUACGUGCUGCAGGUCAAAGCGACAGAUGCUGACGACCCAACAUACGGAAACAGUGCCCGUGUGGUUUACAGUAUUCUUCAGGGACAGCCAUAUUUCUCCAUUGAUCCCAAGACAGGUGUCAUAAGAACAGCCUUGCCAAACAUGGAUAGAGAAGUCAAAGAACAAUAUCAAGUCCUCAUUCAGGCCAAGGACAUGGGAGGACAGCUGGGAGGGCUGGCCGGAACGACGACGGUCAACAUCACCCUCACUGACGUCAAUGACAAUCCACCAAGAUUCCCCAAGAGUAUCUUCCAUUUGAAAGUGCCUGAGUCCUCCCUUGUUGGUUCAGCCAUUGGAAGAAUCAGAGCGGUGGACCCUGACUCUGGGAAAAAUGCAGAGAUUGAGUACACAAUUGUUCCAGGAGAUGGAGGGAACCUGUUUGACAUCAGCACAGACGAGAACACACAAGAAGGUGUCAUCAAGUUGAAAAAGCCAUUAGACUUUGAAACGAAAAAGGCUUACACUUUUAAAGUCGAAGCUUCCAACGUCCACCUCGAUCACCGCUUUCAUUCCGUGGGCCCCUUCAAGGACACGGCUACCGUGAAGAUCAACGUGUUGGAUGUCGACGAGCCUCCAGUUUUUAGCAAACCUUUUUACACCAUGGAGGUGUAUGAAGACACUCCCAUUGGGACUAUUAUAGGAGCGGUGACAGCCCAAGACCUUGAUGUUGCCAACAGCGCUGUCAGGUACUUCAUAGACUGGAAGAGCGACGUCGACAACUUCUUCACGAUAGAUGGGACGGAAGGUACUGUUGCCACAAAUGAAUUGCUGGACAGAGAGAACACCGCGCAGUACAAUUUUUCAAUUGUCGCAAGCAAAAUUAGCAAUCCGCUAUUAACCAGCAAGGUCAAUGUCAUCAUAAAUGUCCUAGAUGUCAAUGAAUUCCCUCCUGAAAUUGCAGUGCCCUACGAGAGUUAUGUGUGUGAAAAUGCAAAGCCAGGACAGGUGAUUCAGGUUGUUGGUGCUGCAGACAAGGAUUUGUCACCUGCUGGGCAACGCUUCUCCUUUCGAUUGUCACCUGAAAUUGCUGCAAAGCCAAACUUCACAGUCCACGAUUACAGAAAUAACUCAGCUGGCAUCGUGGCCAGGAGAAGCGGUUAUAGCCGGAGGCAGCAAGAAUGGUAUUUUCUCCCGGUCGUGAUAGAAGACAGCAGUUACCCCAUCCAGAGCAGUACCAACACAAUGACAAUCCGAGUUUGCCGAUGUGAUUCUGACGGCACCCUCCUCUCCUGCAAUGUGGAAGCCAUCUUCCUGCCAGUCGGACUCAGCACAGGAGCCCUGAUUGCGAUCUUGCUGUGUAUUGUUAUACUUCUAGUCAUCGUUGUUCUGUAUGUAGCACUGAGACGGCAGAAGAAGAAGGACACCCUCAUGACCUCCAAGGAAGACAUCCGAGACAACGUCAUCCAUUAUGAUGAUGAAGGAGGUGGCGAGGAGGACACCCAGGCUUUCGACAUUGGGGCCCUGAGGAAUCCAAAAGUGGUUGAGGACAACAAAAUGCGCAGGGACAUUAAGCCAGACGCUCUCCGCUUACCUCGUUCAAGACCACCUGCAGAUGACAACACAAACAUCAGAGAUUUCAUAAAUCAACGGCUGCGAGAAAAUGACGGGGAUCCUUUGGCGCCCCCUUACGACUCUCUAGCGACAUACGCUUACGAAGGGAAUGGAUCAGUGGCUGAGUCUCUUAGCUCUAUUGAUUCUCUAGCGACAGAAGCAGAUCAGGAUUAUGACUAUCUGAGUGACUGGGGACCACGCUUUAAAGUCCUAGCAGAGAUGUUUGGAGAAGAAGAAAGUUAUAACCCUGAUAAAGUCACUUAGUUUGGGCAGGAAGGAUGGCAAAGUGCAUCUACAGCAAAUUGAAAAAAAAUAAACAAGCUUUAUAGGACAAGAUCCCUUUGAUUAUAAGAGAUAGUAGCAGUUCCCAGCGAGUUCCUAUAUUUAUCAUAUCGUCCAUUUUGGUUUAACCUGUUUCGUUGGGAGAAAGGAUCGUCCUUGACUUUCUGGUUCUUUUGUUGGUUGAACUUUUUAUCAUUACUUUUGGAGUUACUCUGAGACAACCUCAGGCUUUGUAGCUACAAUUUAUCGAUACGACAAUGUAGAAAGGGGGAAAAAAAAAAAGAGAGAUAGCUUUCCGGCAUCAUGGUGGAAGAGCGGUAGGAUUUUUCUUAAUUCCACUAAAGUGCCUAUUGAAACUCUUACCAUUUAAAGUGGAAAGGACUGCUGCGACAGAGCUAAGGAAAAAAAUAGACAUUAGCUUUAUGUCAUGGAGCAAUAGCGACAUGCGGACAUCCAAUUACUCAAAAACAAAACUGGAGAACACUGGCUGGAAUCUCUCAGUCCAGUGACUGCAGAUCACUGGGCAUCAUGUUCUUUUUGCUUCUUUUGUUUUUAAAAAAACCCAACAACAGCAAGGAUAUAAAAUGUCUGCCAGGUUUCACAUUUCUUAUGCCUACACUUCACGGGGUGGGGGGUGGGGUGAGGAUUAAAAGCUGUUAUUCCAAUUCAAAAUUGUAAAGCCCAUGGUCUUAAACUGAAAUCAAUGAAUAUUUAAAACCUUCAUCGAAAUAUUACACUUUUUCAAGAAUUAAAAAAAAAUGA